AGAUUGGCGACUAAGUAACAGAAGAUUGGCGACUAAGUAAAAGAAAAGCUUGACUGUGUAAAGUGAAAGUCAAGCUUUAGUCAACGAGGGGAUCCGGUCAAAGUCUUGCACGAGCCAACAAAAAAUACUCAUACUUUAAACGAGAACGAAGGAGGACGAGCUUCGAGGCAAUUUCCUGGCAAAGGCGAUAGAUCUAGUCGUACGGCGAUGUCCGGAAGGGCCAAGGGGAAAAAGGAGAGAGCGCGCGUCUCGUUUAGGGUUGCGCGAGCUUGGGCGAGCGGAAGCUCGAGAGAUUGGAUCGCUGCCACGCGCGCAGAUCGACGAAUUUUAGGAUGGAUUGCUCGGCGCUAGAAGGCGCUCCGGUUCGAAAGAGCGCCGCUGUGAGCUGCGAGAAACCUCAGGACGAUGCCGCCACCGCGAUGCAAAAGAUGUAUCGUGGCUACAGAACGAGGCGCCAGCUCGCGGACUGCGCGUGCCUAGCCAAAGACUAUGGAUGGUGGAACGUUGUGAAUGGCGUCGUCCUAUCGAAGAAGACAGCGCAAGAUGAUCCUCCUCACCGGUGGAUCCGUGCUGGAAGAGAGGCCGCCAAGGUGGGAAGAGGACUUUUCCAGGACGAGAAGGCCAAGAAGCUUGCGUUUCAACACUGGCUGGAAGCUAUUGAUGUGAAGCACCGUUACGGACACAAUCUGCGUUUCUACUUCAACGCCUGGGAAAGAAGUGGGACGAAGGAGCGUUUUUUUACCUGGCUAGAUGCCGGGGAAGGGAGAUACCUGGACCUUGAGGAGUGUCCUAGAACAGUUCUCAUGAAAGAACAAAUUUGCUACUUGAGUCCAAAAAAAAGGAAAGAGUACGAGGUGACGAUUCAAGACGGGAGAUUGAUAUACACCAGCUGUGGGAAACCUCUUGAUACGGACGAAGGGCGCGACAAGUGGAUUUUCGUAAUGGAUACGAAUGGGAAGCUUUACGUUGGACGGAAGGUAAGAGGAAAAUUCCAGCACUCGAGCUUUUUAGCCGGAGGAGCAGUAAAAGCAGCCGGACGUCUGAGAGCCACAGAUGGAGUUUUAAAGUCUAUCGAGGGUUACAGCGGCCACUACCUUCCUACGCAAGAAGAAUUCAACAGUUUGCUCAAUGAGUUAAGCACUAGAGGGGUCGAUCUGUCAACCGUAGAGACCAAGUUCCUACCUCGCGAAGGGAAGUCUAUCAGCAAACUCAUGGUAGAGGAUGAUUUUAUCGAGAAAAAAUCACCUGAUACCGAAGACGACUGCUUCGCUUUCUGCCGCUCAAUUCUCUCCUUCCUUACCAUGAGACUGAGUUGGUUUUGGACUGUGAACCCCUUGCGAAAGUUCAGGAGACAGAAGUCGUGGUGCACAGAAGGGGGCGCACGGUUGAGCAGCUUGUCUGUUAUUCCACACAACGUACGAACGAAAGCUCUUGAACAAGUAAAUGGGGAGCAAACAAAUGAUCGCGGAUACGGCUAGGAUACUUUAUGUCUAAAUCGCUUUGCGGCAUUUUCCCCGCUUUGCUGUCAAAGAAAACGAAUGUUAACAAGUUCGUUCAAUCACGCGACGCGAAUGUUCGACUGGCAAA